AUGAAGGUAACCUACCUCCUUAAAGAGAGAAAGCGACUCAGUGAUGGGGUUUAUGUAAAGGGUAAAGUAGAAGGAGUGGAGUUGUUGUUUACUGCAGAUACAGGUGCAGCAAGGUCAGUGCUGUCAUCUAGAAUAUAUAGGAAGAUAGAAGAGAGCCAGAGACCAAAGUUAGCGAAGUGUGGAAGUCUUCGUGGGGCCAAUGGUUCGCCAAUAGCAGAAUUAGGCAAAGCAGAAUUCAGCAUCACCGUAGGGCCGUACGAGAUGGUGCAUGAGGUCGUGGUCGCUGAUAUAGAGGACGACGCCCUUUUAGGGUUCGACAUAUUAAGGGGAAGUGAAAAGGGACCAGCUGACUUACUGUUAAGCAAGGGGGUGAUAAUAUUAGAUGGGGUUGAGAUCCCUUGUUUACAGGUUGGUAAAAGAAAUAGGUCAAGGAGAGUGACUGUUGCAGAUGAUGUAUGUAUCCCAGGCAGAGCAGAGGCGCUUGUUGAUGUAUAUGUUGAAAGGGAGGAAGUCGAUGAUUUUGACAAGUAUGCUGAGUACCUGGUAGAACCCAGUGAAAACUUCAGGCAGAGGUAUCAGUUGGUAAUGGCAUCAUCGCUGGUUGACAUCAACAAAGGCCCGACUUGUAAAGUCAGAGUACUUAACCCAUUUCCGAUGGAGGUGAGACUACAUCAAAAUGCCCACAUAGGAGGGGCUGAACAAAUAGAGAAGAUCGUGAGUGUCGUGGCCGAGCAAGAAUACGAGGGAGAAGAUGAGAAUUUGUCCAGGGUUAGGCGAAUAGGAACUCAGAGGAAAGAGAUUAAGAAUGUGGGGGAGGGUGUCAAAAAUAUCAAGGGUAGCACUGUUCCGGACCACCUGAGAGAUCUAUUUGAGAGAUCAACAGUCGGUAAAAAUGAAGUCGAGAAAAGCGCUGUGGCGACAUUACUUAAUAAGUACAGUGAUACCUUUUCAAAGAAUGAGUGGGACAUCGGACUCACAGACCUAGCUGAACACCCAAUAGACACUGGCGAUGCCACACCCAUUAAGCAAAGACCGAGACGCGUCCCGCUUGCGUUUGCCUCAGAAGAAAAAGCAGCUAUAGAUGAUCUGUUAAAAAAAGAUGUAAUACAAAAAAGUACCUCCCCGUGGGCCAGCCCCAUUGUGUUUGUUCGUAAGAAGUCGGGAGCGGUUAGGCCCUGUGUUGAUUAUAGGAAGGUCAAUGCGCUUGUGAAACCAGAUGGAUUCCCACUCCCAAGGGUACAGGACUGUCUAGACGCUGUUGCAGGUAUGAGCCUUUUCAGCUCGUUCGAUUUAACAAGUGGAUACUUUCAGAUCCCCUUAAAGAAAGAGGAUAUUCCGAAAAGUGCCUUUACCUGUAAAUACGGCCUCUUUGAAAUGAAACGGAUGCCAUUUGGUCUCAGCAAUAGCAGCAGCACGUUCCAGAGAACGAUGGAAUUAGAAUUGCAGGGUUUUCAGUGGCAAACAUGCCUAGUCUAUAUCGACGACAUAAUUGUAUUUGGAGCAGACUUUGCGGAACAUAUACAGAGAGUUGACGAGGUACUUGUUAGGAUAAAACAGGCUGAUAUGAAGUUACGACCAGACAAAUGUCAUAUGCUUCAAACGGAAGUAGUUUUCUUGGGGCAUGUAGUGUCUGAAGAGGGUAUACGACCGGACCCCACAAACAUAGCAAAGAUUGCCGAAUGGCCAAGGCCAACAACACCAAAGCAAAUUAAACAGUUUGUAGCCACUGGUACGUACUAUAGGCGCUAUAUCAAGGACUUUGCAAAAGUUGCACGACCGCUUACUGAGUUGACCAAAAAAGAUGCCUGUUUUGCUUGGACUGAGGAGUGUGAGAAAGCAUUUAUGACAUUAAAGAAGAAGCUGACAGAUGCAGAUGUGAUGGGAUUUCCCCUCAACGAAGGUGGCGAGUUCUAUUUAGAUGUAGACGCUUCAGGUACUGGGAUAGGAGGUGUACUUUCGCAAGUGCAGUCUGAUCAAGAGAGGGUAAUAGCUUAUGCCAGUAGAUCGCUAAACAAAGCCGAACGCAAUUACUGUGUGACCGAGCGCGAGCUUCUUGCAAUUGUAUACUUCAUGCAGUACUUCAGACAGUACCUUCUUGGGCGGAAAUUUACCGUGAGGAGUGACCACCAAGCCCUUAUUUGGCUUUUCAGUCUGAAAGAGCCCAAUUGGAAAAUAGCUCGCUGGAUAGAAAUCCUGGCACCUUUCAACUUCUCAAUUGAGUACCGGCCAGGUAAACUGCAGCCUCACUGCGAUGCAUUAUCUAGGUGCGACAGUCCGAGAGAUUGCGAUUGUAGCGAAGUUGAUAUGAGUGAGCCGCUGAAGUGUGGUCCCUGUAAUAAAUGUAGAAGUCGAGCCGAGAUUAUGGUACUUAACUGGAGGAAAGGUGAGGACUCACAGGAAAACAACGUGGACAGCAAUGGUGAGGAAAACAGUGAAGCUUUAUCCUGUGAAAGCAAAUCAGAAGUAGCCUCAAGUCAGGUGAGGGAGGUCAACACAGAUGAACCUAGAGCCGGCACGAGCAGUGAGUCCACAGACUGGACAAUGGUAGGAGCAGGGAAAACAACAGCAGAGCUGAGAGCGAGACAGCUUGAAGAUUCAGACAUAAAGCCAGUGCUAGAGGCCAAGGAGGAGGGUAAAAAACCUGUGAAGGAACGGACAGACACUAUGAGCCCAUGUUCUAGACAUUACCUACUGUUGUGGGACCAGCUGAAAGUAGCAGAUGGUGUGCUUUUGAAGGAAUUCAUAAAGAGAGAUGGGUCAGGAACAUAUGGACAAGUAAUUGUACCAGAAAAGGUGAAAAGAGAGAUACUACAGUCUAUGCAUGGAGGACUAUUGGCAGGUCACAUGGGAACAAAGAAAACUAAGGCUAAAAUUCUCCAAAGGUUUUACUGGUUCAAUCUAAGGGAAGAUGUGAAACUGUUCAUUCGCCAGUGUGACAUUUGUGCUAGGGAUAAGAAACCGCCUAAACCCCCCAGAGCUGCUAUGGGAUCAGUUAGGACUGGUGCCCCAUGGGAUGUGUGGGGAUGUCCAGUAUCAAUCCUGAGUGACCAAGGCCGGACAUAUGAGAGCAAAGUCUUUCAACAGUUGUGCAGAUUGCUGGGAGUAAAGAAAGUGCGGACAUGCGUGCGAAAUCCGAGAUGCAACGGUCAAGUCGAAAGAUUUAACCGGACAUUAGUCCGCAUAAUCAGAGCCUACCUUCAGGGAGUACAAGAAGACUGGGACUUGAACCUAGGAUGUUUGGCCGGGGCAUACAGGGCGACACCGAAUGAGUCUACAAAGCUGACUCCGAAUUUGCUAACGAUGGGAAGAGAAGUGCGACUCCCGGCAGAGCUUGUGUUUGGCAGUACCACAAAUAAGUCUGAAGUACCAGUGACCAGCUAUGGUGACUAUGUUGAUGGUAUCCGGUCAAAGAUGAACCAUGCCCAUGACAUAGCCAGGAAACACUUACAGAAGUCAGCUGCACGAAGCAAGGAGAUAUAUGACAAAAGGAUGUUGGUGAAUAACUACGAGAAGGGUGAUGUGGUUUGGUGUUUAGCUGAAUCCAGGAAAGUUGGCGAAGCUCCCAAGCUGCAGCCAGCUUUCGAAGGACCAUGUUUGGUGUUAAGGAAGUUGUCUCCCUUGACCUUUGUAAUACAGCUAAGAGAUCAAGGGGCAGAGCGUGUUGUUCAUCAUAACAAGCUAAAACCGUACGAAGGAUGCAGUGUUCCAAGAUGGAUAAAAAAGUGA